CAUUUUUGUAUGCACUUGGCAAGAGUGUGGAAGCGCCAUGAAAAGUUUUUUUUGUCAUUCAUUAAUUUUACGAUUUCAACAACACUGUUUCACUUGAAUUAAUAUUUCAAUUUUUCUAUAUCAAUAGGACUUUUUAUAGGCUACCUGUUAUUGAUAUUAUAGUUCCUUAUUCUUGCUUGCAAAUGGCUGAAGAAGCAUGCAAUUCCCUCCUUGAAACUGUUUCUGGUGAAAUAUGAAGAACAUCAAGACUACAUUUAUAAUUUGCCUGUCAAUCUCAAUUGCAUUUGGAAUUGAACCAGCUUUUGGAGUUGAAUAUGGACCUCAAUUCGAAGAACUGGCACCAGUCGAUCCGCCCAAACAGGAAAUUAUCGAGGAGAAGAAUGAGGAUGCACCGACCGAUGUUAUAUCAUUGAGUAACUUCAUUAAAGAAUUCCACCAAAGCCUCUCCAAAGAUCUGUACUCGUUGUACUCAACUGUGAAGAGCAAAAUACCUCCACCAACUACCGAAGAAACGUCUACGGAUGUUAAAAGGAAGGAAACUCCAACAUUUGAGUCGGAUGCAGAUGACAUAGUAACUUUCGCCAGCAACCAUACCAACGGCAGCAGUAACUCAACAGUCGAUAAAGUUGGCGAAACUAAAUCGGCUAGCUCAAAUUCUACUUUGAUAAAUUGCAAUAUUGACAGACAACAGAAUAGUCUUACUGUUGAGGUGAGUAAUAAUAUGUUAUCAAUUACAAUAAAUACAUUGUAGACGUAUCUGUAUACAGCCAGU